AUGGCCUAUUCUUUCCACCCACAGAAAAUGGCGAAUUCCUACGAAGCAGCGAAAGUCAUGCACAAACUCAGUGCUAAACGAGAGCCUUAUCAUCAAGAUGCCAUAGAUCUGACAGGCGUCGAGUCCACAACAUCUUCCACUCAAUUCACUAUGGCAACAGAUGGAGUGCCGACAUCCACCUUCUCCACAACCUCACAAGAGAAGUUGAUUGGCAUUUCUGAGUGCACUCAGAGUGAGUUACUAGAUUUCCUAGGUAUGAUUGACCUAGAAACCAUUUUACAGGAUGCACGAGUACAGAAGUACAUGGACAAAAAGGCCUCUAGAGGUGACGUAUAUUCGCAAAAUCAGAUGGACCAUCUAGUUGAUCAAACCAAAGGUCAUGAAGCACAGAUCUUGAAUCUCAAGGCAACAGUCAACGAUUUGCGAGUCAAGGUCGAUCACAGCCCUCCCCAGCGCUUACCAACUUAUCAUUUCGCUGUGCCCAAGGAUAUGGCAUUGCAAAGCCACAACUACAAGAGGAAGCUAGAGACACUUCGAAAGGACCUCACCGAAAAAGAAGAAGAGUGCGCACAGCUCCUUGAAGCCUGGCAGAAAGCAAUUGAAGAGGCACAAGCACUCCAGCCCACCGACCAUAAGUUCACCGUCGACGAUGACACUGUGACGUCAAAAUUCAGAUCUCUCCAUGAUGAUAUCCGAAACUUGACGUCGUUACAUUUCAGCAUAAAGAUAUUUAGAAGAGUUAGAGCUCGUGAUCACAACCACUUCGUUCGGAUAUGUCCAACCUAUGCGACUUUCCUUGGCGAUAAGUAUCUUGCGCCGUAUCUUUUUCAGGCAUACAUUUGGCACUUUCUUUGCAAGAAUCUGUUCGGAUGUCCCCUCAGAAUCUUCGGCACUGGUGCCAUGGAUAAUGUUGAUCAGCUCAGAUGCUUGAUUGAUACAUCCAAGCACGGUGACGCGAAGAAAGACGCACAGCAACUACGAGCAAUGAAUUGUCAAUUUUUGCACAAACAUCGUGGUAUAAAGGGUCAACUAGAUGAUAAACUUACCGAAAAACUGUGUAGGGAAGGCUUCCUGGGCCAUGUCUCCGUUUUGUGUCACGAUGAAAUCAAGAAGGAUCUGAAGACAAUCAUGAGCAAGGCCAUCGAGCUAGCAGUCAUCUUUGUGAAGUCUAGAUCAGAAUUUCGAUGCGCCAAUGUUCGAAUUGGCAAAAAUGACACAGAAAUUUUCUACGGUUUUCAGGCAGUCAAGCCUUGGACGCAGAUUGUUUCAGGUAAUGCUCGGCACAAUGACGUCAAACUCAUAGCCUCACCAGUUCUCAUGAAGCGUGGAAACUCGAAGGGAGAGGAAUAUGACAAAACUCUUGUUCUUGUCCCAGCAGAUUACUGGCAUUCAGUUAUCCCGUACAAGAUGAAGGCCUGUUAUGUUCUUGUCAUGCCAGAGUGGUCAGGAGAGUGA